AUGCGCGCGUCUCCCCUCGUUACGCGCUAUCCUCCCUGGUCACGCGCGCUUCCCCUCGUGAAGGGCCGAGGGGGAGAGACAGAAGGCGAAGGAUGGAGGGGGAGGAACAGAGGGGGGAGGGCAGCAAGUGGGAGACGAAGGGUGAGACCAGGUUCUUCCCUCACACCCUCACCCCAUCAACCUCAAUUUCCAUCAAGUGUUUACACCCCUCUUUAUUCGCCCAACCUCCCUUACUCCCACCAACUCUGUUCACCCCGCAAAUUAAGAGAGGAUUUGCCUCACCUGCUUCUCCCCUCCCUCCUCCCUGCUGCUUCCCCCCUCCCUCCUCCUUGCUUCCCCCCUCCCUCCUCCCUGCUUCCCCCCUCCCUCCUCCCUGCUUCCCCCUCCCUCCUCCCUGCUUGCCCCCUCCCUCCUCCCUGCUUCCCCCCUCCCUCCUCCCUGCUUCCCCCCUCCCUCCUCCCUGCUUCCCCCCUCCCUCCUCCCUGCUUCCCCCCUCCCCUGCUUCCCCCCUCCCUCCGCCCUGCUUCCCCCCUCCCUCCUCCCUGCUUCCCCCCCCCUCCUCCCUGCUUCCCCCCUCCUUCCUCCCUGCUUCCCCCCUCCCUAUGCCCUGCUUCCCCCCUCCCUCCUCCCUGCUUCCCCCCUCCCUCCUCCCUGCUUUCCCCCUCCCUCCGCCCUCCUUCCCCCCUCCCUCCUCCCUGCUUCCCCCCUCCCUCCUCCCUGCUUCCCCCCUCCCUCCGCCCUGCUUCCCCCCUCCCUCCUCCCUGCUUCCCCCCUCCCUCCUCCCUGCUUCCCCACUCCCUCCUCCCUGCUUCCCCCCUCCCUCCGCCCUGCUUCCCCCAUCCCUCCUCCCUGAUUCCCCCUCCCUCCUCCCUCUUCCCCCCUCCCUCCUCCCUGCUUCCCCCCUCCUUCCUCCCUGCUUCCCCCCUCCCUCCGCCCUGCUUCCCCCCUCCCUCCUCCCUGCUUCCCCCCUCCCUCCUCCCUGCUUCCCCCCUCCCUCCUCCCUGCUUCCCCCCUCCCUCCUCCCUGCUUCCCCCCUCCCUCCUCCCUGCUUCCCCCCUCCCCCUCCCUCCCCCUCCCUCCUCCCUGCUUCCCCCCUCCCUCCUCCCUGCUUCCCCCCUCCCUCCGCCCUGCUUCCCCCCUCCCUCCUCCCUCCCCUUCCCCCCUCCCUCCUCCAUCUUCCCCCCUCCCUCCUCCCUGCUUCCCCCCUCCUUCCUCCCUGCUUCCCCCCUCCCUCCGCCCUGCUUCUCCCCUCCCUCCUCCCUGAUUCCCCCCUCCCUAUGCCCUGCUUCCCCCCUCCCUUCGCCCUACUUCACCCCUCAAUUCGCCCUGCUUCACCCCUCCCUUCGCCCUGCUUCCCCCCUCCCUCUGCCCUGCUUCCCCCCACCUCCGCCCUGCAUACCCCCACCCUCAUAG